AUCUGUAGUGAUCAUAUUACACCUAUUACUGCAAACGUCUCAAAUUUUGGGACACUGUAGAAUGGUUUUGAUGAAUAUUAUCUUUGUUUGUUGGAUUCAGAGCGCCUGUUUUCAACAGUAUUUAGUUUCGGGCAGUUAAUCUUACCAUUGAUCCUAGAACGGACCAGUCCAAGAUGAUGAUGAUGAUUAUUAUUAUGAUGAUGCUGAUAAUGCUGAUAAAAAUGUCAGUAAUAUUAAAAUGAGUACAACAGUAUCUUUAUAUUAGUAACCGACAACGUCCCAGCUUGAAACAGCACUGAGUGGCGAAAAUAGCAACAGAUACGAGUAGUUUUCACCCGGUCUCGAACGUGUGUAACUCGACACUCUGGUCGAUGGUUGUCCUACAGGAUGGGUCCUCAGCGAAGACAAUUGUUACAAAUUUGUCGAGGACAACAAAGUCUUCGAGGAAGCCGAUGCAGCUUGUUGGUCAAUGGGCGCCCGUCUCCUCAGCGUUGAAUCUUUCCAGGAGCACAAGUUCAUCUCGGACUACCUGUUUGCCAGUAAACUCACAAGGCAAACCUACUACUACACUUCUGGUUACUAUUUUCUUGGUCGUCUCUUCUGGGAAGCUGAAAAUCGAUUCCAUGUUGGUCCUUCAUUCUGGAUUGGUGACAAAGACCCGCCAAGAGAAGAAAUCAUUUACAGAGUAGUCUAUACAUACUCAGGUUCUGGCUACAGAUGGACGAAUAUCACUGCAAGUAUUAUGGCCAGCUACAUUUGCGAAAUCCCAAGAUCUCAGACGCAGGACUUGGAAAUCAUGAACAGAGAUUUUGAUUACGGUAUAGGGGAGACAGAUAGCCGUAAUAUGGAAAGAGGUCCGCAAAUAGUGAAUCAGCCGGAGAGUAUAAUAGUAUUUGACGGGGUGGAAACAGUAGACCUGGAAUGUUCAGCAUCAGGGAACCCGUACCCGAAAUAUUCCUGGUACCGGGGCUUAAACUUUAAGGACGCAUCUACAGUAACCUCCUCCUUAAACAAUCGUUAUACUUUGACCGGUGGGAAGUUUACUAUAGAGGGGCCUGAUAGUUCGGAGGACCUGGCUACAUACCAUUGCAAAGCUGAGAAUGAUAUAGGGGCAGUUUUGAGUAACCAAGCUAAAAUUCUUUUCGGUUAUCUUGGGUAUAUUUCUAAUGUGGAACCAGAGCCGACGUAUGCAAGAGUGUUUAAAGGGACAAAGAUAGACUGCGAGACACCGUCAUACUCACCAAGGGUUAAUUAUCAGUGGUUUAAAAAUGCAGCUACAAAUAUAUUUGUGCAGCCUGGUAAUGGGAACAUGUUUGUAUCGUACAGCGGUACUCUAUAUGUGUCCGAGGUGCAGCCGACGGAUUCACCGAAACGAUACUUUUGUCUUAUUACCCUUGUCGGCACCGACGACGUAAAGCUUGGAAAGGCAAACACGCUAGUGAGAAGUAAUAAAGGAAUACUGUUGCUGCUUCUUGAUGAUACAAGUUCUUCUGACAAUGACUAUGGACCUAUUCUGCAUACACAUGUGUUCCCUAGUCCAACCCUGAAAGGCAAUACCAUACGAAUGGAAUGUUUCGCUUACGGAACGCAUCCACUGUAUUACUCCUGGAAGAGAGAAGACGGCAGACCUUUUGUCCCAGGCACGACCCUUUCCGACCUUAACCGUGUAUUGACAAUAAAAAAUGCUCCCCUGGAGGCGGACGGAAAUUAUAUCUGUACAUGUCGUAGAGAUACAGGUGCACAUGAGUCAAAGGUCAUCACUUUAUCGAUGGAAACAAAGCCAUACUUUCCUUAUCCGAUCAAAAACAUGUUUGCUGACCCUGGAAUGACAAUUCACUGGAACUGUAAGGCCGUAGCCAGGCCCUCUGCUACAUAUAGUUGGUAUAAAAAUGGCAAACUCUUGGCUGACGUUCAAGGUCAUAUUGAGAUAAGGAGUAAUGUACUCACCAUCAAGGGUGUCAUAAAAGCUCGCGAUGAAGGGAUGUAUCAGUGCGCUGCGACAAAUCAGCAUGGAACUACUUUCAGCACAGGGCAGCUGAGAGUUCUGUCUUUUGCGCCAAAUUUCCAUCGUUACCCGAUGCCCCAGUCAGCGCUCGCUCCACUUGGCGGGAAUAUCACGCUCGAGUGUAACAUAGAGGCAGCUCCUUUACCACAGGUUGAGUGGCUGAAAAAUGGGGCCAGUCUAAAUCUGGUGCCCGGUGAUCUGAACGGGCGUAUUGGUAUGAACCUAAGAUAUGGACUGAUUCUUACGAACGUAGAAUACAGCGACCGGGGCUUUUACACGUGUAAAGGGACAAAUAGUCUUGGCGAGGCUGUCAAUGCAACUCAGCUUAAUAUAAUGGAGGGCUUGGUUAUCACACGAGCACCACUCGAUGCAUUUGUUGAAGUGAACAGAACUGCGUUCCUGUUCUGUCAAGCCGCCUUCGGACAAACCUACGAUCUGACAUACGUUUGGACCUUCAAUGGAAGAGCCAUUGAUUAUCAUCUAUCACCAGAAUAUGUUAAUGGCAAACAGAAUGAUUUGAAUGGUUUGUACAUCACCAACGCCCAGUAUAAGAACUCGGGAAAAUAUGAAUGCGAGGCUCGUACUACACUACAAACCGUCAGGGUGUCGGCCUUUCUUCAAGUGACAGGACCACCCGGAGCACCGGCGGGAGUAUAUGUUGACAAGGAGUCGGUAACAACCCAGUCGGUCAGGCUGAUAUGGUCGAUGACGUCAGAGAUGAGUCAUGGAGGAGCGAUAACAAGUUAUGAUAUUGAAGCGGAAACCACGUACCAUCCCGGUGUAUGGAACGUUGUUGCAACGGAUAUUCCUGAAUAUUUGGCCGUAAACGAAGCUACCGGCCAGGGCAAGCGAGCUGAUCAAAGGGCUGUUACGGUCCAGAACCUAAUACCAAAUACUAGCUAUAGGUUACGAGUUCGAGCUGUCAACAACUUCGGUAGAGGCAAAGAUGCCAGUAAACCAUCCUCAAUUGUAAAGAUUGAACAGACGGCUCCUAUUAUUGUACCAAGAAAUGUCGGUGGCGGCGGAGGCAAAGUUGGCACGCUGACAAUAUCAUGGGACAUACUUGACCCAUCUGAACACUGUGGACCUGACCUGGCAUAUCACGUUUAUUGGAAGAAACUUGAUGAUGCAACCGACUAUAAAAAGGAAAACGCGACUGACAAGCUUGCACUUGAAGAAGGUAAAUUCGUGGUGACUGUUGGCACUGAAAACUACUAUCUGCAGUAUAGAGUGAAAGUAGGGGCAUACAAUAAAAAUGGACCUGGUCCAAACUCAACUGAAAGAAUCAUAUACUCUGCUGAAGGAAUUCCAAACAUAGUUCCAAUAUCAGAUAAUCCUGAACAGUACAACGGUACCAGCGUGAUAGUUUCCUGGGAACCAGUGCCUGAUACCAGAGAGGCAAUCAAAGGCCGUGUAGCCGGGUACAGGGUGUAUUACUAUCCAAAGCUAACCGAUGAAGAUCCGUUCACUAAAGAACCAGAUGCCAUCGAGGUCGGAAUGAUGACGAAAGAUGUGUAUGGACAAAAGGAUCAUUGCCAACUUAUUGGUCUUAUGUCGAACACUAAUUAUUUCUCAAGAGUUCAAGUGUUUAAUGGCGCAGGGUUUGGACCAAAAGGGGAAUGGAGACUUUCAGAAACCUACAAUGACCCAUUGCGUGAUCAUCCUACCCAUGUUGAGGUUCAUCAGAGGGACAGGCACAGUAUCAUAGUGAAAUGGCGAGGUGUUUUGAAUUACCCUGGGGAGGAAUCAUUGCAAGGAUACAAGUUACGCGUAUGGAAAAUACAGGAAGAUAUAAGGACAGCAAAGGAUACGGAGGUAGGAAAGGUGAAUGAAGCAGUGGUCAAUGGGUUGCAGGAAGGAAUAGUUUAUGUAAUUCGGAUACUUGGAUUCAGUCUAGCAGGGGAUGGCAGUCUGAGCGAGGCUGUCUAUUUCACUGUGAAAGGUGGAGAUACACGGUCACUUAACAUACCCGUGGACCCAACCACAUCCGAAAUCUGCUUUUCUGGUGAACAUGCGCGCACAUGCGGAAGUGAUAGUGUUACAGCACCCACUGUGUAUAGAACGAUUAUCAUGUUAUUGGCACUGAUCCUUCUGUUAUGAUGUCAGAAAACGUAAUGUUUCUGUUGUAAGAUAAAUAUGAAAUGUGUUCCGAACGUUCUUGCAUCACAACAUUUCAAUAUUUACGUAAUGUGUUCAUGACAAAUUAAACAUUAUGGCACGCCAUGCUGUGGGACCUGUUUCACCGAAAAGGCUUGAUAUAUGUACAUUAAUUAGGAUAAAGAUGGGUUUCAGAAGUAGAAUCAAUAAGUAUAUUUUUCCUGCAAAAAGUACCUUCCUAUCUUAUUGAUUUGAUCGCAAAUAUUUUGAGGAGAAAAAAUAGAACGCCUUCACGUGCCUACAGCGUGUUUUUUUUUAAUGUAACCAACCCGCAGGCGUGAAAUUGAUCACUGGAUUGGAUCCUAGCAAAAAAGUAAAUUUUGAUUUCUUAUGGUUAUAAUAUACCAUAAUAUACCUCAACUUCCUUUUACGAAAGGUCAUUGAUACGUUAUUUAAGUGUCAGCUGAGCGUCAAACAAUGAAAUUGAUAACUAUGUGCUAUGAGCUUAUAUCGCUUUAAAUAUUUUUAUGCAUAUAUUUUUGAAUAUCAUUAUCAAAACAUUCCAAUGUUCAUUUUAAAGAAAUCCAACAUUACAGUUGUUUUAAUUUAUUGUUUUGAUUUUAUAAUCAUUUUACAUUAGUAUAAUGUUACAUUUAUACCAUUGAUCAGGAUUUUAGUUUUUGGCGAUAAUGUUAAGUUACUUUGCAAUAAUAAAAUCUCAAUAGUUUUAAAUGAGAUGUUUUAACCUUUAGUCUGCUAAAUUAAAAAAAUGGACUGGUCCAUUAUUCAUAUACCACUUAUUAAUCAAAGGGGUGUUCACUUAAAAUUUACUGAUUAAAUAGCCAAACAGUGCAGCCCAUGAUCAGCCUGCACGGCUGAUCUUGGUCUGCACUGGUCGCAAAGACAGAAGCACUUGCCGCGAUCAGGCUCAAGGUUAAGACAUCCAGUUAGUGAUGAUAAUGUUGUUUAUGAUAUGAUUUCUAUUUUUAUCAUGAUGAAACGUUUUGUUGUUGUUUUUUAUGCCCCCGAAGGGAGGCAUAUAGUUUUUAAACCGUCUGUCGGUCUGUCGGUCUGUCCGCAAUUUUCGUGUCCGGUCCAUAUCUUUGUCAUCGAUGGAUGGAUUUUCAAAUAACUUGGCAUGAAUGUGUACCACAGUAAGACGACGUGCAGUGCGCAAGACCCAGGUCCGUAGCUCAAAGGUCAAGGUCACACUUAGACGUUAAAGGAUAGUGCAUUGAUGGGCGUGUCCGGUCCAUAUCUUUGUCAUUGAUGGAUGGAUUUUCAAAUAACUCGGCAUGAAUGUGUACCACAGUAAGACGACGUGUCGUGCGCAAGACCCAGGUUCGUAGCUCAAAGGUCAAGGUCACACUUAGAUGUUAAAGGAUAGUGCAUUGAUGGGCGUGUCCGGUCCAUACCUUUGUCAUCGAUGGAUGGAUUUUCAAAUAACUUGGCAUGAAUGUGUACCACAGUAAGACGACGUGUCGUGCGCAAGACCCAGGUCUGUAGCUCAAAGGUCAAGGUCACACUUAGACGUUAAAGAUCAUGUUUCAUGAUAGUGCAUUGAUGGACAUGUCCGGUCCAUAUCUUUGUCAUUCAUGCAUGGAUUUUAAAAUAACUAUGCAUGAAUGUGUGACACAGUAAGACGAUGUGUCGCGCGCAAGACCCAGCUCCGUAGGUCAAAGGUCCUAAACUCUAACAUCGGCCAUAACUAUUCAUUCAAAGUGCCAUCGGGGGCAUGUGUCAUCCUACGGAGACAGCUCUUGUUUUAAAUUAAAUUAUUGAUCAUCUUUUAUAUCAAUAGCUACAUUCCUCGGGCUAUAUAUGUAAGUAGCGGGUAAAUCCAGAUCCCAUAAAUCCGCUAAAUAGAAAUAGCACGUCGAUCAUUUCCUUCAUAAUUUACCAUACGACAUGAUGAUAAGUUAGUUAAUCCCACCUAUUGAAUUCCAGUCUAUAUACAUUUUUUUCUUCGUGAUUUUAUAUUUUAGAAUUCUUACUUUUUUAUACAUAUUUGUCGUUGAUUGAUAUUGUUAGUUAUACAAAUGUAUUAAUAAUUUACACGACAUGCGUGUAAACUUCAUCUUGAUGUUCAUUUGAUUGUACUGCAAAACUCAUUGUUAAGCAUUUAGAUGUAUAUUGCUCACGUCAAAAUACUCAAAAAUAAAAUUUUAUAUCAAA